AUGCCAGCCGCAUCAAAUUUCCUUUUCUUCUUCUUCUCUGUCUCCAUAUUUAUAAUCAUACUCUUUUCAGUCGCUACCCAAGCACGCAUUGUCCAUCUUCCAGGAGCUGAAGCGAUGGAAAAAAUUAGCUCUGAUCCUGAACACGUCGGCUUUCGAUGUCUUUCAAGGCGGUACAGAAUGCCUGCUGUCAGAAGAGCUGUUGAUCUCGUCUGCCCUCAGAACAAAAACGGGACCAAAUCGACCAUCAAGACAUACCCUGCAACAAAACAUUACAGGCUUCCCAAGGAUGCGAGAAUGGUGCGGGUAGAUGAGGAAUUUUCUGAGGAGAAAUUCUUCGAUUAUGUCAUUUUUGUGCCAAAAGGUUGCAAGGUUGUUGGUCUUGUUCAUCGAAAGAACGACCAAAAACACUGGCGCUUUAAGCUUUGUGAACGUACAUCAUAG